AUGGCAUCAGCUCGAAGUAAAAAACCUUGUGUUAAAUGCCCUAAAAAUGCAGGAAUCGCAACGUGCGGUGGAUGCCAGGCAUGGUUUUGUACUAAGCAUUUUAUUGAACAUCGACAAGGUCUUGGCGAAGCAAUGGAGCGCAUUGGCCAGCAGCAUGAUGACCUUCACAAAAAUUUAGAUGCAAAUAAUAUUGGAUAUUCGCUUCUCUCGCAAAUUAAUGCAUGGGAACAGACAUCAUUGAAUAGAAUUCAAGAAGUAGCAGAAAAAGCUAGAAUCGAUCUAGCCAAAUACAUAGAGGAAGCCAAAACUCAACUAACACAAUCACUUAACAAAAUCAAGAAUGAAUUAACAUCUAGUCGCGCAUCAGAUGAUUUUACCGAAAUAGAAUUAAAGCAAUGGAAUACGCAACUCGAAAAACUUGGACGUAUGCUGGAAAAACCAUCUAGUAUUGAUAUUGUUGAAGGUGAUCAAUCGCAACCACUUAUUCGUAUCAUUCAAAGAAAAGGUAUUUUUACAAAUUCGAUGAUAAAGUUUUUGAUCGUCCUUAUACUAACGGUACAGUUACGAGAAAUGUUUACUAUAAUUUGA